UCAAGUGACUAUAUAUUAUAUACCGCGAGAGUCACGUGACCUUUUGGAAUCCAAUAGCAGAGAACUAAUCUCUGGCAUUUCUGCGUUUAGUGUUAAUACUAAGUACCCAACUACCCAAGUGCUCAAGUUCAAGUGUGAGAAAAAGUCAGUGUCGUAUAUUGCUUGAAGUUGAGAACCAGCUGCAGCCUAAUAUGGAUUUCGGAAAUGUUGUAUUUAUUAAUAGAACAAGUAAAAAAGUAGACUGUGCUUUUGUCCCUUUCAAUUCGAGUUACUCUGAAUAGACACAAAUUUUGUAUUAUUUUUGGUAAUCUACUGUAAAAUGGGAAAAAACAAAAGCGAGUUCCAUAGAAAAAAUAGAAAUGAUACAGUCAACCGUAAUACAUUGAAAAAGAGGAAAGAAAUUAACGCAGAGUGUGAAAAACUUUUGCGACUUAGUAGUCAUCCAUCUUAUUUAAACAAUCUGUGGGAAAAUUAUUUGGAAAUAUCAAGUUGCUUGGAAAAUAUAAGGAAACUUGAAAGCGUAAGAAUAGAUGCAGUUGAAAGGUUUGAUGCAACUAAUGAUUUUUUAAUUUGGCUAAAGGAAAAUGGAGCAAAAAUUGAUAAUAUCAGCAUACACAAAUUUCCAGACUACGAUUUGGGACUAAAAGCUGAAAAAGAUUUUGAAGAAAAUGAUUUGUUACUUGAAAUUCCAAAACAGUUGAUUUUCAGUGUCUACAGAGCUGCUCCAGAACUGAAAGACAUACAGAAUGAUGUGAUGAUUCAGCACAUGCCUCAAGUAGCUCUGGCUAUUUCUCUUUUGAUUGAAAAAAAAAGGGAAGAUUCAAAGUGGAAGCCAUACUUAAAUAUUUUGCCAAAAAAAUAUUGUACAGUGCUAUACAUGAAUGUAAAAGAUAUGAUGGAACUGAAAGGAAGUCCUAGCUUUGAACCUGCCUUGAAACAGUGUAGAAACAUAGCUAGACAAUAUUCGUACUUUCACAAGCUUUUUCACAAUAACGAGAGUUCUGUCUCAAAAUUAUUAGGUGAUGACUUUACUUACGAAGAUUACAGGUGGGCGGUAUCCACUGUUAUGACUAGACAAAAUAUAAUCCCAAGCGAAGAUGGGUCGCAAAUGAUUCACAGCCUCAUUCCAAUGUGGGACAUGUGCAAUCACCAAGAGGGAAGGAUAACAACAAACUUCAAUGAAGCAUCCAAUUCCUGCGAAUGCCAUGCUAUGAGAGACUUCAAGUCGGGGGAACAAAUCUUUAUUUAUUAUGGACCCAGGACCAACACAGAGUUCUUUGUUCACUCUGGAUUUGUGCACCCUGGGAAUCAAAAUGACGAUUUUGUUUUACGUCUGGGUGUUAGUAAAGCAGAUGCAUUGGGGAACGAGAGAGCUGAGCUUCUUACCAAAAUAAAUCUACUGCCAAUUAGCGACUAUUCUCUGAAGCCAGAUCAGGGGCUAAUUUCUGGACCUUUGCUGGGAUUCCUCAGGAUUUUCAAUAUGACCAAAGAAGAACUCCAUCACUGGCUCCAAUCUGAUGCUGUGCACGACAUCACUAAAGUUAACUGUGAAAUUGAAAAGUCCUUAGAUGAGAAAGCCAUCAAAUUUCUUAAAACCAGAAUAAUUAUUCUGCUUACUCAAUACCCUAAAACACAAGAGGACUGUGAUAAAUUGCUUCAUUCGACGCAAGAUCCUUGUAGGAAACUUGUGUAUCAAAUGAAAAUUUUGGAGAGAAAUAUAUUAAACAGGAUACUUUUAGGUUUUGAAAAGCCUACCAAAGUUUAACAUAAUCAUAUGUAUUAUGAAUAAAUUUCAAAAUCAAAUUUGGAGUGUAACAAAUUCACACUAAAAAUGUACAAUUUUGCUGCUUUGAAGUAAACAGUACCAGAAUUGGUGUAUAUUUUUUGCAAAGUAUUGAAAAUAGAACUUUGAUGUUUCUUUAGGGAGUGGAGCAUAUUACGCAAAAACUUGAACUGCAUUUGAUUGAUUUUUGUAAAUAUUGACUAUUGAUAUAUUAUGUGUGUGUAUGU